AUUAAAAAAUUUCGAUGAUUUGGUUAAUCAACUGAAAUGGUUGUCUUCAAAAACAUAGAAUUAGAUUUGGACAGAAUAUUGAAUCUCUCCCAGUAUAGUUGAGUGAUAUUUAAUUAUAUUUUUUUAAUUGAAAUAGAUAACCAAGAUUCAAGAAUGAGGGAACUAUUUUCAGACAUCUAUACUAAGGGUUUGCCUUUUCUGGUUUUAGUUUUGUCCUUAAUAGUCCUGUCUUUUCUUGGAGUGUUUAUGGAGUUAGAAACUUGGAGUUUAGCAGAAAGAUAUAAAAUCAUGCUUGUUUUAUGUUUGGCAUUGGGUCAACUGGUGGUGGCAUUGUAUAGACCUUUAGAAAUAGUUAGGAAUUCAACCUUCAUGAGGGGACCUCACGGACCUUUUUUACAAUCCUUGAAUGUACUAGUGGGUUGUGUGGUUACCAUUCUACUUAACUCCAUUUCUCAGUUCAAUAUCAUCUUAUUAGUCUUUAGUUUGGCUGCUUUAGUGAGUUUGAAUGAAUUGAUUCGACCGACCAUAGAUUUUGGUUUAAUCAACUCAGUAUUCUCUUCUAUUGCUAUCCAUUUUGGUUUUUUCUCGCAUCAAGGUUUAAGGAUUCUAGUUGCUCUGUUAUGUUGUUGCAUUCUGCUACAUGGCCCCAAGCGGUAGCCAUGAUUCGCCACAAUGUGAAAACCCUACAGCAGAGACUUCUCAAAGAACUAGUUCUUCUUCAAGUUCUCAACCACAAAUUGAUUUGGAAACUGUCUUGGUGUUGACAAGUGGAGAAGUCCAGGCCACUAGCAGUGGUGGUGGUAAUGUGCGACAACUGGUCUCCCAGUUUGAGAGAAUGAUGACCCAAGAAAAAAUGGGAAAAAAGUGAAUGAUCACUGUUUAGAAUUUUAUGUUAUAAUGGUUCAUAGCUAGCUAGAGACCCAUCAACCAACCCAAAUGGUUCUUUGUUUAACUUUUGAAUGUUUCCUUCACUGUUCAUAAGGAAAUGAUUUAGCUUUAGACACUAAAAAUGUUUUGUUCAAUAUCAUCUUAUUAGUCUUUAGUUUGGCUGCUUUAGUGAGUUUGAAUGAAUUGAUUCGACCGACCAUAGAUUUUGGUUUAAUCAACUCAGUAUUCUCUUCUAUUGCUAUCCAUUUUGGUUUUUUCUCGCAUCAAGGUUUAAGGAUUCUAGUUGCUCUGUUAUGUUGUUGCAUUCUAUAUGUCUGUUUUUGUAGAUAGGCUGCAUGGCCUCAAGCGGCAACCAUGCGUUCGCC